UAAAUAUGCGAGACACAAAGGCACACGAGUGACAAGCCUGGUCGUCUAACGCAAAAGAUCGGCAGAGUGCGAGACAAUCGCGGACCAUCGUCGCCCUAUCAGUCCCUCCCGUGUUGAGCACCAUGCAACUCCCCGUCCGCAUCCUCCUGUUCCUUCUGGUGGCCAUCAUGGCGGCAGCGAGUUCGGCGCUAGGCUAUUCGGUGGCCAGCCCGGUCUCCUCGCAACAGCAGCAGCAACAGCAGCGCCACCGGAUCAACGUGGGCCGCUGGCUGAAGAGCGUGCUGCCUGCGGCCGCAGCGGCCGCCGCGUCAGGGAGCGACACCGACAGUCGCAACACAGCCGACAUGGACGCCGCCGACAUGAUCGACCCCGUCCUGCUCGCCUCUGGGUUCGCCAAGCGGCAGGAGGACGAUUACGGUCAUAUGCGGUUCGGACGAUCCGACGACUACGGACACAUGCGCUUCGGCAGAAAGUGAUCCUCCUCAGAUUGUCACCGCAAGGCCAAACACAGCCGUUCCCACACCUGCCGCGCAGCCGAACGGUGCGUAUAUAUAUGACAUGCCAGUGCCAGCUGGACCAGUCGACAAACACCGAUGUAAAAAUAAAUG